AACCGUUGCCUCGUCCGUGCGCUUGUCCACGAUUAUUUCUUAGUGUUGACGCGUAUCUACGACCGUCAUUAUCAUUGUUAUCAUCAUCGCCGUCGUCGAUCCGUUGGACGCUCGCGACAGAAUCGCGCCGAUACGCCGUGCGCUGCGCGUUUCUCGUUGCGAGUGCUGCUGCUGCUGUUGUAUCGAGAGCGGCACGAUCUCUUAAUAGGGCGGGUUAUUCACGCGCUCCGCGUACUCCCGCUUGACUCGGAGGACAAUAACGAAACCGGAGCCACCGCCGCCGCCACCGCCGCCGCCGCCGCCGCGUGCAUCCCACCCCCGAUCGGCCCGAUCCGUGCGGCUCCAUUAUCCCGGCGACACCGUCGCCGCGCCGAGGGAACCGUCUCGCGGAUCUUGCAUCUGAAAAGUGGCGGACCGGUCCUUCCCCGCCUCCCUGCCUCGCUCCCUACCGUCGGCGACCCGGCGAAGCUAGGCUUGCCGCGAGACGACAGCAAACACGGCGUGGACACAUCGGACACGAGAGUCAUGUCGUCAGGCGCAGGUUCCAGUGGAACUGGACGAGGUCGUGGUUCCUCCUUGGCAGACAAUAAACCAGACAGUAAAGAAGCUAAGCCAAAUCCAAAGAUGUCAAAAGCUUUAGGAACGUCUGCUAAGAGGAUACAGAAAGAAUUGGCAGAAAUUACGCUAGAUCCACCUCCCAAUUGCAGUGCAGGACCAAAAGGUGAUAACUUAUAUGAAUGGGUCUCUACCAUAUUAGGUCCUCCAGGUUCUGUUUAUGAAGGUGGUGUGUUCUUUCUUGAUAUACAUUUCUCGCCAGAAUAUCCUUUUAAACCUCCCAAGGUUACAUUCCGAACACGCAUCUACCAUUGCAAUAUAAAUAGUCAAGGAGUUAUUUGUUUGGAUAUAUUAAAGGACAAUUGGUCUCCUGCAUUAACAAUUUCAAAAGUCUUACUAUCAAUAUGUUCCCUUUUAACAGACUGCAAUCCAGCUGAUCCACUGGUAGGUAGUAUAGCUACGCAAUACCUACAAAAUAGAGAAGAACACGAUCGCAUAGCGCGGCUUUGGACCAAGCGCUAUGCUACAUGAGCAUAUUCUUUAUUCAAUUAAACUCCUAUUAGUCUCAUGCCAACUUAUGAUCAUUGCUGCUCUCAUACAACUUGUCUCAUAUGUAGCCUGUACACAUCCUUAUGAUCAUGUUGGUCAGAAAACACAAGUGAGCGAAGACCGUUUGAGAUCAGCUCAAACAUGAUUGUGAUGUGCUUUUAUGUAGAGUAUGUAAUGUGCCUAAGGAUGUAUGAAUGUGCGUGCAAGUGUUUAAAUAGUGUGCUAGGGCAUAACGAGACAGGAGUUUUUCACUUAAAAGUUACAAUGAGAUAGUAUUUAAAUGGAUUGUAUUGUUUACAAAAACAAUAUUAUCCACAAUGCUGCUAAUGUUUCUAGAAUAGGAGAUAACAUGAACAAUAUUGAUAAUCUAAACUGUAAGUAAUUAAUAGAUAUAUAGGCAAUAAGACGUAAAUGUAGA